AUGAAUGUUGCGGAGUGUUUGUUCCCCACUACUGCCGACAGCAGCAGGGAUCAACAGACCUUCACGUUGCCCGAAUUUUGGCCUCAGAAUGUUUCGACCUGGUUUGCAGCGGUAGACGCACUCUUCACUUCCGAGGGGAUCACAUCCCAAUGGAAACGAUUCUCACAUCUUGCGUUCGCUUUGCCCCCUGGCAUCUCCACGGAUUUGUGCGGGAAGGUUCUUACCUCUAAUCCAUCCGCGCCUUAUGAUCAGUUGAAGUCUGCGGUGCUGAAAGUAGGCUCCCGUGAGACAACACCACCACAACCCUCUAACAGAAAUUCAAGAUAUGAAGUGUCCUCAGAGGUGUCGAGACCUACUCGGAAUUCUAGGGUUGCCGCAAAUGACCCCGAGGAGUCGAAAAGAGAACAAAACUUUCUGCGUAGACUUUCUCAUCGAAUACAGAAGGUGUCUUCGCCGAGGCAAAAUGAGGUGAUACUCGAAGAUACUCCUGGCUACCUGGAAGUGGGGAUUGUGGGCGAUGCUAGCGAUCCGAAGCCAGCGAGAACACUGUCGCCAGAACCAGCACCAACUCUUCGACAGAUCCAGUCAGACAUUCUCAGACUCCAGGCACAGGUGGCUAUCAUCUCCAGUGGUCGUUUGAGGAGGGCUCAAAGUCUUCCGCGAUCUCGCCAGCGAUCGAAAAGUCGCCGGAGAGGACUCAAGAGGCAAACGUGGUGUUGGUAUCAUCAGUCUUUUGGUGUGAAUGCAAAAAUGUGCAACCACCCGUGUCAGUUCAAUACAGAUCAAGCGAUAAUGGCCAGCAGCUCUUUCUAG